GGCACCAUCCUUCGCGCGAUCACCAUUUCCAAUCGUUACGAAAAGUUUAUUUCGGGAGCGUAAAGUUUUUAGAGUUGAGUGCGCGCCGAAUGCACUUUGUUGGUGUGCUAGUGAUCGCCGUCGGGCGUCCGGCGCCUCUGUGUCGCUAUCUGCUCGCUUCUCUUGGCCCAAGAUAAAAACAACAAACAGAUUAGUCGACCUGCCCGUGCUAGAGUCGAUCGCGAUCGCUAGCCGAUCGUUGCGUUCGAUUAACGGGUGUUUUACUGUAAUGUUUUCUCGUAAUAUACUAAAUUUUCGAUAAGAUAAACGCCGCUACAUUAAUAGCCACAAAUAAAAUUGUAGGAUCGCAUGUAACGGUGAUAUUAACUGUGAAAGGUUUGAGUUUACCUCCAAUUCUUGUGUACGUUUGUAGGCUGUUUAAUGAGAAACUAAAUUGGGGUUGUACAUUUCUGAAUUGACAAAUUUCGGUCAGUACGAACGAGUACACAUAAAGAAUAAAGUCAGUAACUUUUUAAGAUAAAGUUUUAUUACGAGCACCGACACGCAAUUUCAGCACUUAUUCACCAUGACGGGUGUGAUGGUGACCCGAACAAAGAAAAUCUUCGUAGGAGGGCUAUCAGCACCCACAACACUCGAAGAUGUCAAGAAUUACUUUGAACAGUUUGGACCGAUUGAGGACGCAAUGCUAAUGUUCGACAAGCAGACCAACAGACACAGAGGUUUCGGUUUCGUGACGUUUCAAAGUGAAGAUAUAGUAGAUAAAGUGUGUGAAAUACAUUUUCAUGAAAUCAACAACAAAAUGGUGGAAUGCAAAAAGGCACAACCGAAAGAAGUGAUGCUUCCAGCAAAUUUGGCUAAGACGCGAGCUGCAGGGCGUGGGGCCUACGAUUUCAUGUGGUCAUUGGGUGCUCUUCCUGACGGGUUCCCAGCUGCAUACGCUGCCUACGCAGCAGGACGUAGUUAUUCGGGCUAUCCUAGCUUCGGGCUGCCGUACCCUGCAGUGGACCUGACCAACGGACAACUAACACCGAAUAACAACACACCGCUACUAGCUCAGGCGCUCUCAGUGAUGAACAACUACCAAGCUGCGGCGGCUGGGUUCGGACCCCCCGCAUCUCCGCACACGGCCGGAGGGAGGGCUGGAUUCCCCGCCGCCAGCUCGCCGGGCCCGGCUCUCGACGUGUACGGAUCAGCAGCGGACAGUGUCGGUUACGUGCAGGCAGCCAGCCCCCAGCCCUCGGGAUUCCCCGCAAUAGCUGUCAGCCGCGCGCCCCUCAAUUACACCCCGGGACCCCUGAUUCCUGCGGCAUUCACCAACGGUUAUCAUUGAAAGCGUAAUAGCACAAAUAUUUACGUGGCGAGCGGCGUGGCGACGCGUUAUGUGUGAAACUUUUCCUUCUGAUUCUGUUACACUGAACGGCGACCACUACACCGUCGACGUCUCUGCAUAGCCCCUACUCACCGCACGUACUCCGACGCGCGUCGGCCGCGCCACGCGCCGCAGCGGCGACGGUCGUCUACUCCGUCCUGCCAUCGCGCGGACUGAUCCGUCGACCGCGGCAUCACAAUCUCACAAUUUUCCAUCCCCGAUCCCUGCCCUCUACUCCCACGACUCAACCCUGUCUGUUGUAAAUAAUAUUAUGCUACUUUUUGUCGUGUGAACAAGAUAUAGCUUAACAAUUAACAAGUAUUUUUUCAAAAAAAUUCUCGCUUCGACUGUAUCGUAGGUGUGUUGUCAAUAAUAUUAAUAAAUAAUAAAAUCACAAAAACACAUUUGAUAAAAAAGCCAUCCAGAUGGUUAAAUUGCAGGGAGGUGUAUUUAAACUUUUUAAUAUUCAUAAUUAUAUUUAAGAUUAAAUCUUGCAUCUCUAGACGCGCGAGUGUUUUAGUUGUUUAGAUAGUGUAACAAUUCCCCCGGCAUGUCUUGACUCGUGCCUGUCCUUCGAAUUUGAAUACCACGCUAUGACAUUCUCUGUAGGAAGUUUAAAAUAAGAUUUCUCAAUGUUUAUAGGGUUUUGGGCAGAAUUUUGAGCGUAUCUCUAGUAGCAAUAAUAUAGCCUAUUCUUCGUAUUCUGCGUGAAAGGUUCAAUUCGUAGAUAGCGGUAUAGGUUGGUUGGUAAGGGCAGACCAGACGAGUCGCGACGCGCGAUGCGGCAUGCCGCAGCUACGACGGACUUGAACAGGUGAUUGAAAAUGGAUCGCUACUUUACGCUCGGAGACAAUAACAUGGUUCAAGACACCCGCGCGUUCGCCGCUAGCGUCCUCGCUUGUCCACCGACACAUAUUUUAUUCUAUUUUUAAUAAUAAAGUCAAAUAUUUAAUUAUAAUAUUACGAUAUUGCGCAUAUUUUAUCUAUAAAUGUGAUUACUUUUGCCUAAUUCGAAUUGUAUAAAAUCACCUUUUUUGCAUCUAUUAUGUUCUGUAGCUAAUUUUUCUCGAUUACUUCCCUAUAAGACUAUGUUAGAUAUUCGUAUACAUACUUUCUAUUAAUGUAUUAUGAUAGAACGUUUUAUCCUAAGGAUAACAUCAAAUUUACAAUUCAUAAAAACUUGGGAAGUUAAAUCAAAACAUUUCGAUGUAUCUCUCAUCUCGUUAAGAUAAUAAUAACUCAUUUCUAUCUUAUACCUUUGAUGUAGGCAUUGUAAUUAUAAUAUUGAAUACGAUUUUGUGCAUUACGUAAUUAAUAAUCAUUGUUUCUUUUCAUUGUAUUAACCUUAAUGUAAGAUCACUGUUGAAAAAUAUCCACGCCUCCGUUUAGUCACGGGGUCACAUCGUAAUUUAGGUGUAUUUCAAGUUUUAAUCAAUUUAAUAAGUAAACAUUAAAUUCAUCAAUUAAAUUUAUCCAUGAAGGAGAGACAGGGCAAAAUACAGCGUUAAAUAAACAACUUUGAGGUAAUAGAAUAACAUUUGAAGUCAAUUUUAAAUACAUAUUCUUUAGGUUACUCGAAAUGUUUUCAAUGACCACUUGUCUAGAGCAGUAAGAAAAGCGCUAGGCACGCGCCGUGAGUGUGGUAGGAAAAGGCUUUUCCGGCUAUAAUUGGCCUCCAUAGAGUUUCCUUACCCGUAAUCGUCGCAUGCGUACGUUUUUCAUUACACACGUGCACUUGGUUGCAUAGCAUUCAAUCGUUAUUUACUAUUAUUACUUAUUACAUCAAUUAAUUAUCAUCAUUACAUUAAUAAUUAUAAACUUAGCUAUUAAAUUUUAGAUGAUAAUAAUAAUAAUGAACAAUCUUUUAAAUGCUAUUAUUAUAUAAAUACGUUAUAAAUAUAAAUGUUUCCUGUUACAAAUAUUGAAAAUGAUACGAAAUUAAUCAAUAUUCUUUUUAAAGGUAAGUAAUGUAUUAUUAUUACUUAUGUGUAUGUAGUUAACUCAAUAUAGGAAUGUAUAAACCGGAGAGCGCUCGUCGCAUGGCGGCGCGUCUGCUUCGCGUUUUUGUUUGCAAAUCCAUUGUUCGCUAUAUAACGACGUCAUCGUAGGCAGAGCUACGAGCUCCGCGAGCUACGAGCUCCCCGAGCCACGAGCUCCGCGAACUACGAGCCGCGCUCGCCGAGCAUUCUACUCGGAUGCCGUGAUACCUAGCGCCGCGCUGUAUCGAGUACUUGACAGGAAACGUCUGCAGUUGUCUUGUUAAACGUUAGCUAGGAAAUUGAUAAUAAAAACGAAGGUGUGAAUCUAUUAUACUACGGUCGGAUAAAUGAUAUCAUACCUAACAAAUUAACGUAAUCAUUUUGUUUUAUAUUUAUGGUGUUGUAGGUAUUUAAGACAUUUUUUCUUAGAAUAUUUAAUUAUUAUGAAAUGUUAUAUUGUUAGGUCUGGGUUGACGGUGGUACGAUGAUUGGGCUCGAUCCGCCGUUAGCUUUCUUAUCCACUUCUACAUCCUCACUAUAAUCAUAUUUUCUUACCAACCUUUUGAUGUAAGAGAAGCGUACACGGCCGCUUGUUCCCGUGCCAGUUUAAGUACAAACAUACUUAAUUAUUAUAGUGUGAAAGUUCGUUUCGCUCGUUCGUGAGAAGCCAUCGGUUCGCCGCGAUUGCACGAGACGGUAACAAUUACUUUUUGUAAAUACAUAGAUAGCCGCAAUAAGAAAGUUAGACACCAACUGGUCGAGAAAUUAGACUCAUUCGAGCGUGAAUCAGGAUUAGCUUGACAAAUAUAUUAGUUUCAUUAUUUUUAUUGUCUAUUGAAUAUAAGUUUUUAUAGGUUCCUUUAGUUGCUAGAUCAAGCACAGGUCGCAAUAAUAAUGCAAUUUCGAAAUUGAAAAAUUUUGUCAUUCCAUACCUGGGAUUUAAAAUUGAGAAGAACUUUGAGGAAUUAUAUGAUCUAAAAAAGACAUUAUUUGUUAUGAAUAGCUAUUAUGGCCUGUGUGUAGAGCUAAAUUGGUGCGGUUCGGUUUGUGAGUUAUUGUUUUAAGAACUUAUACAAAAUCGUGAUGACUUUUCCAUAAUAUCAUCUAUAUAAUAAAAUAUUGUCACUCACAAAGCAAAGACCGCGUACUCUCGCUAUUAAUAUUCGUUAGUUUUAUUAUUUAACAGUCGCCAUUUUAGAGAAUGUGUUCUAUAUCAAAGUAAAGACUACUUAAUAAUAAUAAUGAAUAAGCGAGAUCUCAAAUUAAUUUUAAAAAUUCUUUAUGUGAUUCUAAUAUCGUAUGAUAUCCAUCUAUAUAUAAAAAUUAAUUAAAAAGAUAAUUUAUUAUAUUUUGUAUAAUAACUUUCUACAUUAAUUUACACUAUCUACAUAUAUUGUUAUUAAAUAUAUUAAUUAAUUUUAAUGGAAUAAAGUGACAGACUGGUAAUGUUCGUAGAGUCGCCGUGGCGGCCUUAGAUCAGUAGCUUUGCAUACUUGGCAAAUGCCAAUUAAAUGACUCAAGGACCAAGAAGAUAUAAUAUUCGCGCAGAACCGGACGCGCAUUGGCUCCACACGAACUGAUUCAAACUGUUCGGUAUCAUUGCAGCAUCUAAGCGUGUCUGUGAGAAUCGCGUUGAGAAUAGAUGUGGGCUGAGACGGCGGCGACCGAUACUUCGUACUGUUUGUUGCCCAUCCGGUGAAGCAAUGUGUCACGAGGCGUCCGCUCCUCGGGUCCGCUCGGGUGAACUCGGCCGCGAUCGCCGGCUCUCGCGCUCGCACCAUCCCCCCCGGCGUCGCUACCCCGCACCCCGCAUCCCGCACCCCGCCCCGCGCAACGCCCGCUUCAUUUUGUUCUCGCGGUUACUUCUCGAUUACGUGCUUCGCGUGCUGACUGAUUUUCUAUAGCAAUAAAAUUCAAUUACCUAAGAUUUUACAUUAAAAUAAAUUUGGAUUUAUAUACGUUCGAAUUUGGUGUCAUGUACAUUAAAAUUAGGAAAGAAGUUAAUGAUAGGCGAUCGAUAUGAUAUUUUCGUCAUUUCUUCGUGUAUAGUAUGUUACAAUGAAUCUGUAUACAAUAUGGAUAUAAAUCUUAUUGGUGAAUAAAACUAGUUUUUAUGGCAUCCAUUUAUUAAUAACGAUGAUAUCAAACAUUUUUUAAAAGCAGCGCAUAUGGCCGCAGCUCCGAUUUCGUGCACCAGUGCACUUUAACUUAUUGGAAUAUUACAUUAUUAUAACGUACAUAAUACUAUGAGAUAUUAUAUAAUCAUACAGCCUCUCGGGGCGCGUGUGUAUGGCGAUGCAUGUAUACACAUUGUGCAAUGUAUAUAUACCUACUAUAAUACAAUGAUUUAAGACGAGGUUAACAUCGUGCCGUGUGUAUUUGGUAAUAAUAAAUAUAAUAUGGACAUUGUUCAAACAAUAA